GGGGGGCACGUCCAAAGGGUCACGUUCCGGAUCGGCCUCUGCUCUCCUCUCUAAGCCCAGGGCCCAGCGUCUGCUGGGGCAGUGGGGACCCAGUGGAGGCGAAGCUCGGGAGCUCUGAGUUCUCAGGGACUCCUCCGACCCCCUCCCCCGGGCCCCCACACUUCAGGUCCCCCCUCCAGCGAGGGCCCAGGCCCACCACCAGCAGGUGAGACAUGGACAGUGGGAAACCCCGACACAGGCCUGAGGCAGGGGAAAUGGGGGGAUCUAGGCAAAGACCUGGUGUACCUUGGAAGCUACCCCCCCACCCGCACACGUGCGCGCGCGCGCACACACACACAGACACACGCAUACAGUCUGAGGGAGGAGGCAUAGGCCCCACCCUGGGGAACCCUAGUCUGAGCGGGAAUUGAUCCCCCACUGGGGGGUCCUCUGAAUGCUCCCAGCUGGCACAGGGAGCCUAGCAACCGCCUAUUUGAUCACCACCGCUAUCUGCCGGGGGGAUGUCCCCAUGGGGCUUACAUUCCCCCAGAUCAGACUGGCCAGCCCCCUCCCCAGGUGGCCCAGGGCCUGUCCCCCGGGAUGUGCGACCUCCCUGCCUGGGUACCCUGGGCUACAGCAGGAGGGGGUGGGGGGAGGGCCCACAACGGCAUCACCCCCACCAUCACACAGCUGCUAGGGUGCUGCUCUUCAUUCUGACACCUGCCCUGAGCACCUCCUGAGCAUGACGGGCAUUGGGAGCACCAGGCCAGCCCUCCUGUGAGGAGAGGGGCUGCAGACUGCUCCUGCAGCUGCCGGGGGCCGGGGCUCCGGGCAGACCCCUCAGAGAACGGGUCCUGUGAGCGUGUGCUGUGCUCUCCAUGUGUGGAUGGGGUGUGUGUGUGUGUGAGCUCUGGGAGCCAGAAGCCACAGAGCUGCAGAGCUGACACAGCUGAUAUGCCCUGGGGCUGUGUGGGCCGAGCGGAGGGGGCGUCACAGGUGUCCUGGUCUGCCCGCAGUCCCCGGGAGCCCCUGUGUGUGUGCACACACACGCGUGUGUGUGCCCUUGCUGCACAUGACACCAGAGGCCCUCCCAGACAUUUGAGAAGCGGGUCCCCGAGCAGCGCCCCGCUUCCCCCUGGGCUGCCCAGGGCCCUUGCUGGUCUGUCCCAGGUGAGCUGGGUGGGAAGUCCCCUGCGACCUGGCUGUGCCCCACCCCAGGGUUAGAGGGUUUCCCCCGUUUCUCUGAGGAGCAAGCCAGGGAGCAGUCAUGACCCUGAGGAGGGACCAGGCUUGGGGCAGCGCCCACCCGAACCCUGGAGAAGGGCAGGGCUGAAGGGUUAGAGGCAGGCCGUCGGCCCAGCGAGCUAGGCACACGGAGCGGGCUGGGCAGACGCCCGCGGGAAGGACAGACCCCUCCGUGGGUGGGAGGAGAGGCGCCAGGGAGACGCGCGGCACAGCCAGGGAGAAGGGAACUCCAGGGCGGGGCGCUUUGCGGGAGCGAGCGGUGGAAGCGGGUCGCGCCAGGGUCCAGAGCCGGUGCCCAGACCACGCCGCGCCUCUCCCGCACGGCUACUGGCCAUGACUCCCGGCGGGCAUGGGGACGCGCGCCUGGCGCUUUAAGGGAUGCACGGAAUGCGGGCCGGUGUGGUCGCCGCGGGCCGCCCAGCCCCUGCGCGCCACCCCUGGACCCGGCGGAGAGGACUCCGGGGCUUGUGGCCCCUGCGCGGAGGGCGGGUGCCGCCCCAGCCCGGGACUGCGGCGGGCAGGGACUGCGGCGGGCAGCGGGGGCUCCGGGGCGCGCCCCCAAAUCCUGGCCGAGCCGCAUCCUCACUGGAGCGCGCAGUGACAGAGGUGGGUGGGGCCAGGAGUGCCUCCCGGGACGCGCGUUUUUCCCAACCUGCAAGGCAUGGUUGGGGAGGGGGGGCUACCCUACCGAAGGAGGGUGCCCUGGAGAGCCUUAGGAGAUCUGAGCACCUCCCCAGGUCCUGAGAGGGCUGCACCCGGGGGAGUGGGGGACAGACGGUCCAGGGCUGCUGGCACAGAUGCUGCCCCUCCCAUGUCACCCAUUCCCAGGCCCUGGGGUGUCCGGAAAUCAUGGGAGGACGGGAGGCUACAGGGAGCACUCUAAGCUGCCUGACUCUGCCUGGAGGGCGUUCUUGGGGGUUCCAGAAAUUGCAGCAAAGGCUGGCAGAUCUCUGCCCCUCCUAGAGGCUCUCCUUAGGAAGAGGGGGUUCCUGGUGGAAUUCUCCACCCCACACACUUGCCUGUCUUUGCUGCUCAGAGAGCAGAGGAAAGGGACUGGCAGAGAAGGGUCUUCUGAGAGAUGGUGCAGGCCCCGCCCCUCCCCCACGGGCGUCCCUGGCUCUGCACAGUGAGCUACGGCCCGGCCGGCCUCCCCUCGGGACCUGAGCAGCAGUGCCCGUGCCUCUGUCACCUGCUUCUCCCCAUGCAGCCAGCGAGCUCCCCUCCACGGCUGACACCUCCAUGCCCCUAGCCUGGAGGUCAUGGUCCCCCAAAGUCCAACCUUGGUUAGGGGCCCCAGGAAUGCACGAGGCAGGCACUCUGGUUUCUCUGAGCUGGGUCUAGGUGAAGAGCGAGGUCGCCAGGCAUCUCUGUCUUCAGGAAUCAGCCAGGUCUGGCCCCAGCUGUGUCUGCGGGCCCUCGCCUCGCCCCUCUGCCGCCUCCUGGGGACAGGUCGGCCGUGACCUGGCUGUUCGCUUAUCCACUUCCAUGAACCUCAGCACAGUGUCUGGGGCAGGCAGGACCAGGACACCGAAGCCCGAGGUCACUCGCUGAGUCCAGUGUGUGCCCGUGGGUCCCCCUCAGCCCCUUCCUGACCAGCGGAGGGGCUCCUUCUGCCCACGUGCAGUCCAACGUACAUGCGCGGGCAAGGAGGCAGGACACACGCCGGCCACGUGUAAAGCGUGUGGCCUGCGUGCCCCAGUCCCCAGAGCUCCUUUCUCAGCCCAGCCUCUGCUCCUCCGUCGUCCCCUGCUGGGUGGAAUGGAGCCUUAACCCGAGCGCACAUGGCCCUGUGUGCUGUGCCAGCUCCAGAGAGUGAUGUCAUGCCCAGGGCACGGGGGGAGUGGCCCUCAGAAGCCCUUGCCUCUCUGUCCUGGCAUCCAAGCCUGGCCCGGGGCUCCCAGCCAACUGGAGGGAUUGCAUCAGCCCUGGGGGAGAGGCGGGCAGGCCCAGCCUGGCCCCACGCCAAAGCGUGAAGACCCCUGUGGCCUCUGAAGCUGCCUGUGCGUGGGUGCUGCGUGUGCUGCGUGCUGACUGGUCAUUUGUGCGGCCUCCACUUUUAUGGGCAUCACAGCGGCGUCCUGAGGGAGGCCAGCCCCUGAUUGGCAUGAGGAGGGAUGUGGGCUUAGGGGCGGGUGAUGGGAGCGGGACAGCCUGGAGCCCUCCAGGACCAGCACGGAGACCAGGGGGCUUUGCCACCUUCUCCUCCUGCUUCCCCGGCCUCUGCGAGGGCAAGCCUGCUACCCUGCUUCCCAUGAGCCUCUCCCAGCCCUGCCUCCCUGUGCCCAGCGUGGGCUUGACCCGCAUCCUGCCUCACCUCUACCUGGGCUCUCAGAAGGAUGUCCUGAACAAGGAUCUGAUGACCCAAAACGGAAUAAGCUACGUCCUCAACGCCAGCAACUCCUGCCCCAAGCCCGACUUCAUCUGCGAGAGCCGUUUCCUGCGCAUUCCCAUCAAUGACAACUACUGUGAAAAGCUGCUGCCCUGGCUGGACAAGUCCAUCGAGUUCAUCGAUAAAGCCAAGUUGUCCAGCUGCCAAGUCAUCGUCCACUGUCUGGCCGGCAUCUCCCGCUCUGCCACCAUCGCCAUCGCCUACAUCAUGAAGACCAUGGGGAUGUCCUCGGACGACGCCUACAGGUUCGUGAAGGACCGGCGCCCGUCCAUCUCGCCCAACUUCAAUUUCCUGGGCCAGCUGCUGGAGUACGAGCGCAGCCUGAAGCUGCUGGCCGCCCUGCAAGGCGACGGGGCGUCCCACCCCGGGACCCCGGAGCCCCUGCCGGGCCCUGCCGCCCCACUGCCGCCGCCGCCGCCACCACCACCUACCUCAGAGAGUGCUGCGAACGCCGCCUCCAGGGAGGCUGCACAGACAGGGGGUGCGGAGGCCCCCGGCCCCGCCCCUGCCACCAGCGCGCUGCAGCAGGGCCUCUGCGGCCUGCACCUCUCCUCCGACCGCCUCCAGGACACCAACCGCCUCAAGCGCUCCUUCUCGCUGGACAUAAAGUCGGCCUACACCCCGAGCCGGCGGCCUGACGACCCUGGGCCCCCGGACCCCGGGGAGGCCCCCAAGCUCUGCAAACUGGACAGCCCGUCCGGGGGCACGUUGGGCCUGCCCUCCCCAAGCCCUGACAGCCCGGACGCGGCGCCCGAGCCGCGCCCCCGGCUACGCCGGCGGCCCCGGCCCCCAGCCGGCUCCCCGGCGCGCUCCCCGGCGCACGGCCUCGGCCUGAACUUCGGCGACGCCACCCGGCAGACUCCGCGGCACGGCCUCUCGGCCCUGUCGGCACCCGGGCUGCCCGGCCCCGGCCAGCCGGCCGGCCCCGGGGGCUGGGCGCCGCAGCUCGACUCCCCGGGCACGCCCUCCCCCGACGGGCCGUGGUGCUGCAGCCCCGAGGGCGCACAGGGCGCGGGCGGCGCGCGGUUCGCACCCUUCGGCCGGGCCGGGGGCCCGGGCGCGGGCGGCGGCGACCUGCGGCGGCGGGAUGCGGCGAGGCCCGAGGCCCGGGACGCGAGGACCGGCUGGCCCGACGAGCCGGCCCCCGAGACGCAGUUUAAGCGCCGGAGCUGCCAAAUGGAAUUCGAGGAGGGCAUGGUGGAGGGGCGCGCGCGCGGCGAGGAGCUGGCCGCGCUGGGCAAGCAGGCCAGCUUCUCGGGCAGCGUGGAGGUCAUCGAGGUGUCCUGACCGCGGCCGGAGCGGCCUCUCCGCGGGGACGCGGCGCCCCGAGCCCUUGGCUGCCCUCGGCUGGGCCCGCUAUAAAUAUAUAUUAUAUAUAAUGCAAAGAAAGGUAAAUGGUUUUACUGCGAUUUUUAUCGAGAAGUAAAUAUUUCAAUUUUUUAUUUAUUUAAGCUGUUCAUUCUGGCAAUGAUUUGGCAACAGUGCGGGCGGUCCUCGGAGCUCUAUUUUUACUGUCUGGUAUUUAAACUGAAACCCACGUUUCUAAGCAAUAUGAGGCCACCUUCAGUUGCAAGCUGGGGUGCCAGGCCUGGGGUUCCCUGCCCCCUCCCCCAGGAAACACUGCUGACCAUUGCAAAGAGGCUGCUGAGCUUUCGUGCACUUUUUACAUAAGAAAAGGGGAAAAAAGGAUAGAAAACCUUUGCCGCAGACUGAGCCGCAGAGCCUCCCUGCUCUCCCGCUGCGUCCUCUCCUGCCCCUCCCUUCUCUGCUCCUCUCCCGGCUCGGCUCCUCACCAAAGCCAUAGAUGGGAGGGGGUGUCCCGGGAGCCGGGGGGCCCCCCAAGGAGGCGCUCACAGCCCCCUGCCAGCUCCAGGCACUAAGUCUCAGUGCCACCGAGGGCGUCCCUGCCACCCAUCCCCCCAGCCUGUUGCCUGCCAGGUGUUGGGGGGCCAGGGUGGGGUCCGGAAGAGGCUAGCAGUGCAGAGAAGGGGGCUCUGAGUGUGAGGGGACAUGAGUCCCCAGGGCAGGGUGGAGGUGGAACAGCCCCACUCGCGUCUGAGCCUGGGUCCAGCCUUAGUUCCAGUUCCGAGGAGGCUGCUACCCUCUCCUCCACCUUGUGCCCCCCCCGCCUCCCAGCGCCAGCUGCCAAGUGGGGAACUGGCAGAGGGGGAGCUUGGCCCCUGGGGGGCAGUGGGAAUAGCUGGGCCAGCCGCGCUGGCUCCACUGGUCGGAGGGCAGAUAGAUUCAGGGUCUUGUUCUGCCGGUCGAGGUGCCUCUCAGAGGAGGCACCUCAUGCCUCUGGGUGGAGGUGGGGUGGGGUGUGGAGGCUUUCCUUCACUUGGGAGAGCCCCCUCCAGCUAAAGGCCCCUCAUGUGAGCAGAUGCUGGAGGUGUCCCCCAUGUCUGCCAGCCCCCACAGGGCCCUCAGAGGAGAAAAACCCCAUACACCCCUCUCCUGUGGAGCGCUCCCCUCCCAAGUCUCCCUGAUAUCUUCGAGGUGACAUGCCAGUCCCCAACCCCCGUUAGCUUUUUGGCCCAGGUGGGCCAGCCUGGGGGUGAGGGCGGGAGAAAAGCCCCAGCUAUCCUCACCCCCCACCAUCUGGGGAUCAGGGGGACCCAAGGCUUUUGGCAGCAGGAGUGGGUGUCCCCCGACCUUCAGAUGUCCUGGAGCAUCCAGGAGUGGAUGCUGGUCACUUGGUAAGAGGCCAAGGCCUGGCUGGAGGGGUGGCCUGGGCAGGACUGAGUGCUUGGGCAGGUGGGCGGGAGUUGCCUGCCCCCAGCUGCCCUCCAGCUGUUUAUUCUGUUUGUUCUUCUUUUCACCCCAGCUCCUGUCCCGUCAAACCUCCUUUGAGCAAAAGUCCUGUUCCUGUUCCCUCUGUCCCCACCCCGUUCCCCCAAGAAAAUAAGCUAUCAUUGUUGUAUUUGCAAUCUAUGGAUUAGAGGUUUAAGUAUUUAUUAUUAUUGGUUUAUUAUUAUUAUUAUUGAUUAUGUAAAUCUGCCUCCUGUCUGUCUAUCGCGUUGGGUUUCGGAGGUGACCCUGGGUGUGGAGGAUGCACUGGUCCCCUCUCCGCACCCCACGCCUGUGCUGUCCAGGAGACAGUGGUGGGGGCCACUGGUUGAGCCCCACAGCCCUGGGGGCAGGUCCCACGGCCCGAUCCCCUCCCUCCGUCCUUCUCCAGGGCUGCCGGUGCCCUGUGGCUUCUGGCCCGGGGCACAUGGGGGCUUUUGCUCUUGAGACACUGGCUGAAGUGAGUUGUUGUGAAGGGAGAAGUCCUGGUCUCAGCCCCCCAGCCCACGCCUCUCCCCAUGCGGGGGGCACCAGGCACCCAGCAAGAGCCCUUUCCUGGUCAGUCCCACCCACUCCCUGGGAGGUGCAGAGUGGGGCCCCAGGGCCCUCCCCUCCCCGCCGGCCCAGUGCCCUGGCAUGGGGUCCCCAGAAUGGACCUGGCCCCCUCCUAUUAUUUGCUGGAAAGUCCAGCGGAGGAGAGGUGGCAGGUCCGCCCGCCCGGCUCCUGGUCCCUCUGGACUGGGCCGCCCACCCACCUGCCCGCCCCUCCUCUCCACCCCCUCCCCCAUCGCGGCCGCUCUCUGCUCCCUGUCCUGUCCCCUUCUUUUGUAUUUGGAAACAACGUGUUGUAAUAAAUCCUGAGAUGGGUGUUUUCUC